UAGUUUGAGUUUCAGUAUGAACUCCCAAACUCUUGUUCAUGUCCUCCUCAUUUCUUUCCCCGGACAAGGCCAUGUGAACCCACUCCUUCGACUAGGCAAGCGCCUUGCCUCACAAGGCCUACUGAUCACACUCUCGACAACCCAAAGCAUCGGCGCACAGAUGCGGCAAGCCACCACCAACAACAGCAUCUCCGACGAGCUUACAGUAAUUGGUGACGGCUUUAUCCGGUUCGAGUUCUUCGAAGACGGAUGGCAAAAGGAUGACCCUAGACGCCUAGACUUGGAUCAGUACAUGACCCAACUCAACCUUGUCGGUAGACAAGUGAUUCCUCAAAUGAUCAAGCGAAACGCGGAUCAAGGCCUCCCUAUCACUUGCCUUAUUAACAACCCUUUCAUUCCUUGGGUAUCCGACGUUGCUGCACGCCUCAAUCUCCCUUGUGCAAUGCUUUGGGUUCAAUCUUGCUCGUGUUUUGCUUCAUAUUAUCAUUACCACCAUAAUUUGGUGUCUUUUCCGGACGAAAAUGAUCCCGAGACAGAUGUUCAGAUCCCCAGCAUUCCUUUAUUGAAGCACGAUGAAAUCCCGAGCUUCCUCCAUCCGCACACUCCUUACCCUUUCUUACGGAGGGCGAUUUUGGCUCAGUAUAAGAAUCUUGAUAAGGUUUUCUGCAUAUUGAUGGACACUGUUUAUGAUCUCGAAAAAGAUACCAUAGAUUACAUGUCCAAGAUUUGCCCUAUCAGGACAAUCGGCCCUCUUUUCAUCAGCAACAACAAUAACAACAACGUGAGUGGUGACUUUAUCAAACCCGACGACUGCAUAGACUGGCUCGACUCAAAACCAAAAUCGUCAGUUGUUUACAUUUCGUUCGGAAGUAUUGUUUUCUUGAAGCAAGAGCAAGUAGAUGAGAUUGCGUUCGCGAUCAUCGAUUCUGGUGUCUCGUUCUUGUGGGUCUUGAGACCGCCUCCAAAAGAGUCUGGGCUUAAAGUUCAGAGUCUUCCCGACGGAUUCUUGGAGAAAGUGGGAGAUAAAGGAAAGAUAGUGCAAUGGAGUCCGCAAGAGAAAGUAUUGGCUCAUGAAUCCGUGGCGUGCUUUGUGACGCACUGUGGUUGGAACUCAUCGAUGGAGGCGCUGGCGUCGGGUGUUCCGGUAGUGGCUUUCCCACAGUGGGGUGAUCAAGUCACUGAUGCUAAGUUCCUUGUUGAUGUGUUUAAGGUUGGCGUGAGGUUGUGUCGUGGUGAGGCUGAAAAUAGAGUUGUGAUACGUGAUGAGGUGAAGAACUGUUUGUUGGAUGUUACCCUGGGGCCCGAAGCGGCGAACUUUAAGGAGAAUGCUUUGAAGUGGAAGAAGGAGGCGGCGGCGGCGGUGGCUGACGGUGGUUCGUCUGACCGGAAUUUCCAUUACUUUGUUGAUAAGGUUAAGAGGAUGAGUGCAGAGAUUUUAGAUGAGUCAACGGAGAGUAAAAUGGUUGGAGCUCAAGUUAAGUCAACAAGUUGACGUGGCAUUCUCAAAAAGCACUUGUUAACGAUUACUGUUUUUUUUUUAUUAUUAUUUUUUAAUCCAGCUUACUAAGCAUGUUAAUCUCUUCAAUGAUGAGCAGAAUUAUGCUGGUAUUAAUUCUGGUAGUUUAAAUACUGAUAAAAAAUAAUUGCACAAAUAGUGCUUGAAAUGUUGGUAGUGUUUGGUUGCACUUUUAUUGAUAGUAUUUUUGAUGUUAAAAUUAUU